AUCAUGAGCAGUAGCAGCGGCAGCAGCAUCGGUGGUCUCGGCGAUGACUAUUGCAGUAAUCCAUUCGCGGAAAAGCUUCCCUCUGAGCUGUGGGCCUAUUUGCUCGACUUUCUCUUCGCCUCAAGAGACAUCGUGACUGCGGUGCGACUCACUCAGACUUGUCGCAUUCUGAGGCAGUCACGCGAGGGUCGCAUAGCCCGCUAUCUUUAUGCACUCGACAGACUCGGCUUACCGUUUCCACGUAAGCUGCCCCUCAACCUAAAUGGGGAAGCUGACCGGCUCUACGCCAGUCAAUGGCCACUGCUGCGCAGUCUGCCGAGCACAGCCACCGAGGUCAUUGAUGGCGAUGGUGUGGAGACACCACUGCUCGACAGAGACCACAUCUAUUUUCUGUCCUCAGACAGGUCCAAGCUCUGCAUCUCACCACAGGCAGGCUCGGCCACUCUGAGACGCAUCGACCUCCUUGGGCUGCACGCGCUGGCGUUCGCAGUCGAGGCAGACGAAGGCGUUGUCGUCGUCGCACUCGACUCCAAUCGAGCCGCCAGUGAUGCCGAGCCGCAGACAGCACAACCGUUGGUGUCGGGUCGACCCAUGUCUCUGGAGUCACCUCCGAUUCAUCACGUCGUGCUCACUGCUUUUGAUCUUUCGACGGGCGGCGUGAUCUCGUCAAGAGGACUGGACCCGAUGCGCUUCAACUCUUUACGUCUCGAGGUCACUCUGACUACUGUCUUGCUCCAGAUUGAUGGCCAGACUGAAGUACGCCACUACACUGCCACAGGCCAAGACGAGCUGCCGUGGGAGCUGGCCUGGUCGCGCAGCUGGGAGAAGCUCAGCGCAGGUGGCGCUGGCUCGAUGACCAACGACGACGACGGCGAAAUCGACGACCAGAUGCUGGCUCCUCCUCUUCUGACUGCCUCGCUCCUCUCCAAUGACACCGUCAUCUGUCUCUCGCUCCCUCCCGCUCACGCUCUAGCGCGAGACCCCCUCGACUGGGGCUCCACUCUCGAGCUCUACCGGCUCGGCCAGAGGGAGCCACACGUGGCCGAUAUACGCCUGCCCCUCACCUCCCAGCCCGAUGCGUCGAGGAGUUACAUCAGAACAGGCAGACAAGUGAGCAACGAGGCGCUUCAAGAGGGCACCGUCAUCAUUUGCAGUCAAGGCUUCAUCUGGCUGGCUCGCACUUCGUCAUUUGCAGAGCUGCUCUACCCGCAAGCUGCACUGGCUCUCUUCAGUGCCAGCCCAAGCUACCCAAUCCUAGAAUCACACUGGGUUCGCGGGCAUUUCUGCCGCACGAGGGUGUGCGCGCCCAAUGCGAGGCCUCCUCGUACUAGCAUAGACGGUCACCGCAUCGCCUCGCUAUGGACGAGGAACCCCUCCGACUCUUCUUAUAUUGGCUACGCCUCUAACGCGAUGCUGCGGCUUAUUGACGUCGAUCCAAAGCAAGGUAUGGACGACGGGCCGGUCACGACAAGGGACGAGAGCAGCAUAGAGCCAGACGAUGGGCGAUUCAUGACAAAGAAGAUCUUAUUUAGAGACUCGUAUCGUGAGUCGUGCCUCAGAACUCCUUCGAUGAUGCCAUGGCUGAUAGCAGGCUGCUCUUCAAGUGACUUUUUUCGACGUUCCCCUUUCAAGCAUCUUGCCGCAUUACCACGACACUGUUGGCGACGUGGAGCUCACCUUGUCUGGCACCAGGCUCAUGCUGCGAGGCAAGAAUAGAACAUUUCUCUACGACAUCUAGACAUGGCUCGCACCUGUCUUGGCGUCCUAGACUGUACUGUACUUUCGAGUAGAGGUGGCAAGCGUUUUCGAGUCUUGUCGUCUCUCCAAGACGAGCAGAGACAAAUGUAGCGUUCGCAAGGUCUCCCAUUAGGCGGUGAUGAUCGACCAAUCAAACGACUGACCUUCUUCUUGUGU